GUCCUGAUCCUGCUUUUCACGGUGACUUGAUCCUAUCACAGCAAAAAAGACCUGCCUUUAGAUGGCGUCAGUGGAGAAGGAGGAGUUAACUUUUGGUGAAAGGCAGAGUGGAUUUCUUUCUUUCUUUUUUUUUUUUAAUUUAGCCUGGCAAGAGUUUCCUCUCUUUUUUUUCUUUUUUUUAAGCAACCUAUUGCACUCCACACUGCUUCCUAACCUCUCUCUCACAGACCUUUUGUAUUUGGAAAAGAGCCUUCCUCAUUCCCUGUAACCCGUUAGCUUGAGAGCUGCCUGCCUGCCUGCCUUUCUUUUCUUUUUUCUUUUCUUUCUUUUUUUUAAAAAAACUCCUUCUUUCCUUCUUUCUCUUUCUUUUUUCUUCCCCACCUCCUCCAGCUGUGGCUUAGGAAAAAAAAAAAAACUUGCCCUCAAGUCUGGAGCACUUUCUGGCAACAGGAAAAAAAAAACGAAUUUGGGGCAGCCAAGAGAAAAAAAAAAUACAGCCCACUUUCAGAAAGGGUAAGCAAAAUUAUUCUUUCUCUCUGCUCCAGCCCCCCACCCCACCCCUCUCCAGCCCUGGCUCCGUGGAGUUUGCCAUCCCAGCAAGGCUCAAAAUCCCGCACCAGGAUCGGGACUGCCAGGCUAUCGAGCUGGAGGUGCUGAGCACGGCCGCCAAGGUUGCUCCAGCUGAGAUUCCCCCCACUUCCUUUGGAGUUGGAGAGCGUGCAAUGCUGCAGAGAAUUGGCAUAUGCUGAAGGACAAGAUCCUGCUUCAACACGCCUUAAACAUCCCCCCAUCCUCACUGCCUUCCAGAGAGUGGCUGAGGAUGACCACGAAGGACCCUGGAACCUCUCUUGCAGUGGCUUAAGUGGUGGCUCAAAGAAAGAAAUGUUGGGGCAGAGUCGGUCAACUUGGUCCAAGCUAGCUGACACUAUCAAGAGCACCGCCGCCCAAGAUGGCAACAGUCUGGAGAUUUCUCACCUGGACACUCGUCUCUACCAUGUCUACAGGCAACCUUCCUGGCUACACUUUUCAGUCACAAGAAGAAUUUCUCUCCAACCUCAACCACUACGAGAUAGCCUUCCCCAUCCAGGUGGAUCAGAAUGGUGACUUUCUCAGUUUUGACAUAAAAAGCCAUCGGAAAUGGAGGUCCCGCCGGAGUGCAGGCCACCCCUCCUAUGACAUGCCUGAACAGCAUGUCUUUUACAAGGUCUCUGCUCACCGGACCCAGUUCCUCCUCAACUUGACGUUGCAUACCCACUUGCUGGCAAGGCGCUUCCGAGUGGAGUAUUGGAAAAGAGGUGGAGUAGACUAUCAACAUGAGUUCCACGAAGAUUGCCACUAUGCUGGUCAUUUACAAGAUGAGUAUCUGAACUCAAAAGUUGCUAUCAGUAAUUGUAACGGUCUGCAUGGUGUGAUAAUUGCAGAAGAUGAUGAAUAUUUUAUUGAACCCCUGACCCUUGGGGUCAAUAUCAGUGGGGAACAAGGACGAGAAGGAAGCCCGCAUGUGAUCUACAAACGGUCAUCCCUCCAGCACCCACAUAUGGAUACAGCUUGUGGUGUGUUAGAUGAGAAGCCAUGGAAAGGUAGACCCUGGUGGUUGCGACUGAAACCCUCCCCUUUGAAGACCCUGGGCAACUUUUCUCAAAGGGGGCAACUGCCUCUGAAGAGGUCAGUCAGCACUGAGCGUUAUGUGGAGACUCUUGUGGUGGCUGAUAAGAUGAUGGUGGGCUACCACGGCCGACGAGACAUAGAGGAGUACAUCCUGGCUAUCAUGAAUAUUGUUGCUAAACUUUUCCAAGACUCAAGUUUGGGCAAUAUCGUGAACAUUCUCGUAACCCGCCUUAUCCUGCUGACAGAGGACCAGCCCACCCUGGAAAUCAACCAUCACGCUGGGAAGUCCCUUGACAGCUUUUGCAAGUGGCAGAAGGCUAUUGUGAGCCUCAGCGGUGAUGGGAACGCCAUUCCUGACAACGGCAUCGCAAACCAUGACACUGCGGUUUUGAUCACCAGAUACGAUAUUUGCAUUUACAAAAACAAACCCUGUGGAACUUUAGGAUUGGCCCCCGUGGGUGGCAUGUGUGAACGCGAAAGGAGCUGCAGCAUCAAUGAAGACCUUGGCUUGGCGACAGCUUUCACCAUUGCUCACGAGAUAGGGCACACGUUUGGCAUGAACCAUGAUGGUGUUGGAAAUAGCUGUGGAUCCCGGGGACGGGAGACAGCUAAACUCAUGGCAGCUCAUAUUACCAUGAAGACCAAUCCCUUUGUCUGGUCAGCAUGCAGUAGAGAUUAUAUAACCAGCUUCCUGGACUCUGGAAUGGGACUCUGCCUGAAUAAUGCUCCACCCAAACAGGACUUCAUCUACCCCACUGUGGCUCCAGGACAAGCCUACGAUGCAGACGAGCAGUGCCGGCUUCAGUACGGAACAAAAUCUCGCCAGUGUAAAUAUGGGGAAGUUUGCAAUGAGCUGUGGUGUCUUAGCAAGACGAACCGGUGUAUCACCAACAGUAUUCCAGCUGCAGAAGGGACGAUAUGCCAGACUAACACCAUUGAAAAGGGGUGGUGCUACAAGCGGGAAUGCGUACCUUUUGGCAUGCGGCCAGAAGGGGUGGAUGGAGCAUGGGGCACCUGGUCAGCCUGGGGAGAGUGCAGCCGGACCUGCGGGGGAGGUGUUUCCUCAUCCAUUCGCUAUUGCGACAGUCCAAGGCCAACCAUUGGAGGAAGGUAUUGCCUAGGGGAACGAAAGCGCUACCGGUCAUGUAACAUUGAUGAUUGUCCUCCUGGAUCAAAAGAUUUCCGAGAGCUUCAAUGUGCUGAAUUUGAUCACAUCCCCUUUCGGGGCAAAUAUUAUACCUGGAAGACGUACCGAGGGGGUGGUGUCAAGUCCUGCUCACUCAACUGUUUGGCGGAAGGUUUUAACUUCUACACGGAGAGGGCUGCAGCUGUGAUCGAUGGAACGCCUUGCCGCCAAGACUCCCACGACAUCUGCGUCAGCGGAGAAUGCAAGCAUGUGGGCUGUGACCGCGUCUUAGGCUCAGAUACUAAAGAGGACAAAUGCCGGGUCUGUGGAGGAGAUGGAACCACCUGUGAAACUAUUGAAGGGAUCUUCAACCAUUCACUGCCUGAUGGAGGCUAUGAGGAGGUGAUACCGAUUCCCAAAGGAUCUGUCCACAUUGAUAUCCGGGAACUUAAUCAUUCUCUGAAUUAUCUUGCUCUGAGAGGAGAAAACGACGAGUAUUUUGUCAACGGGAAACUUUCGAUCGACCCUCCUCGGCGCUUUGACAUUGCUGGAACCACGUUCCACUACGGGCGCUCUCAGGAUGAACCAGAGUCACUCGAGGCCCUGGGCCCAACUAACAUCACCCUGAUUGUUAUGGUUCUUGUGCGAGAAGAAUUGCAGAGGAUCCGAUACAAGUUCAACGCACCCAUCGUUCGCAAUUCCAUGGCCCAAUAUUUAUGGCAGUAUGUCUCAUGGACAAAGUGUUCUGCCAUUUGUGCUGGAGGCAGUCAAGUUCAACCUGUUGUAUGCAGGAAUCAAGCUGACAGCUCCACGGUGCUUAAUCAUUUCUGCAACCCUGAAACCAAGCUACCAGAGAGGCCGCGGUCAUGUAACACUGAGCCAUGCCCGCCAACUUGGGUGAUCGGGAACUGGUCCGAAUGCAGUCGCAGCUGCAAUCAGGGAGUGCGGACCCGAAGUGUGAUCUGUCAGCGCAAAAUCUCCACCACGGAGGAGAAAACUCUGGAUGAUUCCUCUUGCAACCUGCCACGGCCUCAUGUGCUGGAACCCUGUAAUAAUCACACAUGUCCUCCAGAAUGGGUAGCCCUGGAUUGGUCUGAGUGCACUCCGAAUUGUGGACCUGGUUUCCGUCAUCGCAUUGUCCUUUGCAAAAGUGGUGACCAUCGUGCCACACUGUCUACCUCCCAGUGUCGUGAGAGCUCUAGACCCCCAAACACCAUAAGGUGUAGUCUUCGGCGCUGUCCACCCCCGCGGUGGGUCACUGGUGAAUGGGGAGAGUGUUCUGGGCAGUGCAGUUUUGGCCAGCAAAGGCGUUCUGUCCAGUGCGUGACCUACACAGGACAACCAUCUAAUGAAUGUGUGGAAGCCCUGAAGCCCUCAGCCAUGCAACAGUGUGAAAGCAAGUGUGAUUCUGGACUGACAGAAAACUCUGAAGAAUGCAAAGAUGUCAACAAGGUUGCCUAUUGCCCUUUGGUGCUGAAAGCUAAGUUCUGUAGUCGGUCAUACUUCCGACAGAUGUGUUGCAAAACCUGCCAGGGCCAUUAAACGGAUAUGUGUCCAUUUGGAACUGCAGGAAAACUGGAAAGGCCCAGGAGGGGAAGAGUCAGCUGCACCCUUUCCCCACCUCCAUCUGCUCUUUCCCCCAAGAUCAUCAGUGAAAAAGCCAGCACCAUAGGCUUUGGUGCUUCCAAAAGCCAAAGAAAACAUCUAUCUUCCCCAUUGGUUAAGGACCACUAUUAAACCACUGCUGAAACGUGCACUGAGACAGACAGUGGCAUAUCAGGCUAGGAUGUACUACACAGAGGCAGGAAGGAGACAGAAUGGAUGGGAAGGCACAUUUAAGCGCAUUACUUGAAAUGCUAAACAUUUGUAUUUAUUUUAUUACACAGCUGGGUACCAUGAUUGCUGGCCAACUGCACUAUCGUAACUAUAAACCUCCACUGCCCAACAGGGAAGGAAAUUCAAGUCACCAGCACCCCAUCUGCAUGUUUUAGAUUUUGCCCCCAAAAGCAGUGCCCGAAAUUUCCUCAUAUGUAGUGCUGCCUUACAGGCAAGCCUUUGGCAGGGUUAUGGAUUAGGGUAGAGAUAAAAGAACUGAAGAGAGAAGUGGAUGGAAUCACACCUAUAACCCAGGGGUUCUCAACCUUGGCAACUUUAAGACU